UAUAUAUACCUCCGCUCAGCUCCAGUUCUCAUCUCUACUGGAAAUACGUGGUCAGUCUGCCCACGUAAUAAACUCAAUGGUUUGACCUAUUGAUAAUGCCCAGUUCAGAAGCAUUAUUUUGCAAACAAUAAAUAAGGAGCUCGAAUCCUCUUUAUAUACCCAGCGUGUUGGACCAGUGCAGUGCGUACUGCAUCAUUGAAUAGUGAAUUUAUAACACGGUGCAACCAGUAUUCCCGUACAGUAUUGGAUAUACACCGUAUAGUACUGUCCUGCAUUAUUCCUGUGCGCCGUGAGAUCAGAUUUAGGUAUCUUGAAACAUGGCUGACGUAAUAACUAAACUCAAACGGGAUGACGACAAGGCUUGGUUCAAUGUAGAAUGGUCUGAUGGUUACAAGGCUCGGUUCCCAUACGUCUUCCUAUUUGAUAACUGCCGAUGUCCGAAAUGUUUCCACCCGAAUUCCUACCAACGAUCCGUUCUCAUGGCUAACAUCGACCCGGAUAUCCGACCGGCAGGACACGAGAUCAUAGAGGGAGGAAAGGUUAUUCAAGUCACGUGGCCGAAUGGUAACGUGAGUCCGUACCCCGCUAAAUGGCUCAAAAUGCAUCAGUUCGGCAAGAAACCGUACGACCCCUUAGAGUCCCUUGAAAUCAAAUCAUGGGGAAAGGAAAAACAACAAGACAUUCCCACAUUCAACUACAAAGAAGUGAUGGAAGACAACAAGGUUCUCUAUGAGUGGCUAGUCAAAUUACUCACAGACGGCAUCACUUUGAUCAAAAGAACUCCGGGCGUAGAGGGCGUCGUAGCCAAACUUCAUGAGAGGGUCUCAUGGACAAGAAGGACUAUUUACGGCGAGAUAUUCAACGUGAUCACGAUGUACGAUGCCUGCAGUUUGGCCUACACUGCUAAGCAGCUCGGAUUGCAUGUUGAUCUCCCAGGCUUUUACCAGACUCCUGGGGUUCAGAUGCUGCAUUGCAUCAAGCAAGUCGAUUCUGAAGGAGGUGACAAUGAGUUUGUUGAUGGGCUUCGGGUAGCCGAACAGCUUGAGCAGGAGUAUCCUAAGAUCUUCCAGAGAUUAACCACGAUGAAGGUUGACUUCAGGACACUAGGGGCUGAGUUUGUGCCUUACCAUACUAUGACGCAACGCCCUGUUAUUGAGUAUGACCGAAACGGCGUCUUUCAAGGUAUAAACUACAAUGAUGGCGUGAGGGCGCCCUACUGGUCUCUGCCCGUUGAGGAAAUCACGGAAGGAUACAGGGCUAUGAAGACGUUUCAUCGCGCAAUGUACGAUAAGAGAAACUGCAUCUACUACAAAAUGGAAAAAGGUGACAUGGUUAUCUUUGAUAACCGUCGAGUCCUCCAUGGUCGUCUUGGCUUUGAGGUUCACGUCAAGGAAGGAGAAGAGAGCAAGACGAGACAUCUAGAAGGAGGAUACCUUGAUUGGGAUGGCAUCAAAUCAAAGAUGAGGCUCCUUCACGAGGAGAUACAUGGAUUAGAACGGUUUUAGUGACUUUUCAAAACGGAGGGCGAUAUCUUUUUUGGUAGAUUUGUGUAUAUCCAAAAAGGGAAUCAAUUCCAAACUGAAAGUUGUUUUACAUGAAAAAGAAGAAUCAGACAAGCAGAUAGGUAAACUUUCGAACAAUAUCAGACAAGAAAAUAAGAUAAUUAUGAUUUUUAGAAAGUUAUUAAAAGUUUUGAUCAUUAAUAUACCUAUGAAAAUUUCAAAUUGCCCGCAUUAGUGAUGUCAAUAUGGUUAAGGGUAUGAUCAAUUCUUUCUUUUUCAAAAGUUAUACUUCAAAUAAUAUUUUUAUUGAUGAGGACAUGACACGAUACGUUCUGAUGAUAAUGGUGAUUAUUUUUACAUGAUCGACAAUAAAGCAUAAAAAACAACCAUAGGACCGACGGCUUUAGGUCCUCUCCGAACGAUCUGGUAAUGAGGAUAAAUACUUACCAAAGGGCACUGUAGCGCUAAAUUGGAAUCGAACCAGUGCCCGAAAUGCCUGCUCUACCGACUGAGCUAUCGCGCCUAACUCUCUGUGAUAUUUUCAUAUAUUAUACCGUUUCAGAUGAUUGGGCGCUCAUUGAAAAACAACAAAUCCUUGAUAAUUAAGUACACAGCCAAUUGUUCCUACCACUUGUCAUAAUACUGAAUAAAUUGUCAAUUUGAAAUUCUCAUAAUCCCAUCAUUUAAAUGACCAUAACGUUCUUAUUUCUUGUCCAGUUUUUUAAAUCUCCACCAGUCAGCUUUCUCCUCUCUCCAACACCAUUUUAUGAUUUGAAUCUCUAAUAAUGUUGCGACGAUUAAAUCAUUAUUUUACAUGUGGUAAAUAGUGUUUGUCGCAUUUUGAUUUCUGAUUUAUGUAUUUCAGGAAAAAAAGAGAUAAGAAUCCAUGGAAGUGUUAGGAUUGACCUGUGAAGAGUUUGACUAUGUAUAGUGUGUGAUAUUUUAUGUCUUCUUUAUGUGUGGUCUGACAAGAUGGAUUUAAGCAUUUUCAGUGAAAAUGAAUGUACGGAGCUGAAAUUGCUCCCGUAAUAUUUAAUAACUUCGGAUUUAUGUAUAUAGACUUGUCAUUUUCUACCCGUAAUUAAUCCCAGAAAUACAUAAUGUUAGUUCACCAUUUAAAAUGGUAGAGUAUUUUUUAACACUUUAGUAUGCCGGAUUCAACAUGGUAAUGAAUGAUGAUUUCAAUCCUAUGUGCUGGAUUUUAGCACAGAAAACUACAAUACAAUUAAUGUUGAUAUUUUACGGAGAAUGAAGUAUAUUCAUUGAUGAUACCUCAUUUUAUUCGAGUGCAGUUUCUUGUAAUUGUAUAUAGAAAGAGAUUUUAUUUCAGAUUUAUAUAAAGCGGGAUAUGAAAUUUUAUUUCAAAUAGGGCUUAAUAUUCCGUUAAGUUUUCAAAUGUAUUUUUUGUUUCUUUUCAAAUUUCGUGUCUUUAAAAUGACCAAUGUAUAAAUGAAAGUAUAAGGCUAAUUUUUGAAUGUCGAGAUUUUAGUAUUAUAGUUCUCAAUGGGCAAUUUCAAAACGAUUUGAAUGUAUCUCACGUGAGUUUUUAAAUGGCAAUACACGGUAAGAAUAUUCAGGUUGAAGCUCCAAAUUUGAAGACAAGAGAUAAUGCAAAUAUUAAUUGUAAUAAUACAAAAUAUUUCGAUAGAGAACGUAUCCACCUUUUUAGGUGCCCACGGCGCUCCUAUAUUUACCCCGGCUAAGCCUCGGCUACCUAUUCCGAUGCUCACAGUUUUUUUUUAGGAAAUCCUGCCAGUAGCCAUUUACCGUACUUGAGUGCAGAUAUAAUGAUGAUUUGAUUUGGUUACUAUACAUGCUAUAUAUGCUUUCAAUGCAAAAUAUACUUUGACCUUGAAAUCACAAGU